UAGUAUACAUAAUAUUUAUUUGUUUACGUAUUUCAGUUCUUGAAAUUAAAGAGCAGACAGACUCAAGCAUGCAGAGAAGAAACGGAUCGAAAUUUACACCAAUCACGUUAGAAGAAUCACUGCAAUUGACCAAUAGAAAGAUAGGAAAAAAGAACCAAUAGCAACUAACUUGAAACAUAAUUAUGGUGUUUCCUCGAAGAACUGACCGAAGUAAGAUGUCUGCGAAGAAAAGUACAACUUCUAAAACCACUCUCAACAAAAAGGUUCAAAGGGCAAAUAGUUCUACAUCUACUACGGCAGCAACAGCCCACCAUGUUUUCCCGUCWGUUGUGGAAUUCAACGCUAAAGCUAAACCUUCGGCCGAMGACGUUUUGAUAGCAUACGUCCAUGACAUGUCUCAAGUAAAGCGCAAUAAUAGGAACACGCUGAGCUACUGUACCUUCAAACUUCAAACUUCAGCUACUACACAGAAAGAUGCACUGCUUUAUUCUUUAUCAAAGCGACCACUUCUUAUUGAGAGUGAAUCUAGUCGUACUCCAGUAAAGAUUAAGAACUUUACUUUUACCGAAGACAAAAGUAAAAUUGUGAUAAACGACAUGACCAACAUAWCUACCCCGCAGCAAUGUGAGUAUUCCUUUCAGUUUUCUGACAUCUCUUCUCCACAAAAUACUGCAACAGUACUGGAAGUGUACAAUAAUCAUCGAGAGUGGGACACGGUCACCAUACGCGGGAAAAUCCUCAAUGUACAUCAAYCUCGUACAAUCAAUAGUCCCAAGAAGCGCCUMAAACUCAUGGAAGCUGUAAUUGCAGACCAAACUGGGCAAAUUCCUCUCGAUCUCUGGGAGUCGAACAUCGACCAAAUAAAUGAAGGAUCGGUAUACAGUCUUGACAACGUACAAGUCCGCGUGUGGUCGAGCCGUAAGAAACUUUGCACUACAGUAAAGACAACCAUUGUUCCAUAUGAAGAACCAGCCUUAGCCAACAUCGCACAGGAAAAUCCGCCACAUCAGGACGAAAUAAUAACAAUAGUACACAAAUUGUCUUCUAUUCAGAAAAUAGAGAACUUUCUGAAAUGUGUUAACUGCAGCAAAAAGAUUAUCCAAGCCACCACUGCCGUUGUGACUUGCGAUCAUUGUGGCCAUAUUAUGAGAGAAGAAGAUUGUACUAAAGGAGUACUAGCUAAAGUAGUUAUUCCAGUAGAUGGUGAUGACAAGAUAACCCUGGCCAUGAACGACGAUGUCCUGAACCUUCUUCUAGAAGACAACGUCAUUGUGAUGGAAAACCAACUUCUCCUUCAAAAACUUUUGCUAUUGAGAAACAUGUCCAUCACAUACGAUUCCACAAAUUCAAGGGUAUCCAAGUGUGAAGUCAUAAGACAAGGCUAGAUGAUCUGAAAAGACUUACGUAUGUAUAUACUUACAUACAACUGUAAAAGAGCACUUUUUUCCCAUCACAAUCAAGAUGAAUCMGUUGUUGAAAUUAUAUGUUUAUUGUAUGUUAGAAACUAAGUUUGUCUUAUUUCCCGGCCGUUGCCUAUGUAUUUUUCUUAGAACUAGUUUCAAGAGUACUAAGACAAUAUUAWUUUCAAGUUAGAAUCCAUCAAUCAAGAUGACUCAUUUGUUGAAAUUAAWGAUGUAUAUUCAUUGUACAUUAGAAAUAAGUUUGCCUAAUUUGUUCAUUAAAAYACUAUCAGUAUAAUUCCAAA